AUGAACCAGCCUUCUCAGAGAUUAGUGACCGUUGCCGCCUGUCAACUGGGCCCAAUCAACAUUGCAGAUUCACGCCAAGAUGUCUUGAAUCGCAUGUUUGUGCUUCUAGAUGAAGCUGCAAGACAAGGCGUCAAACUCGCAGUUUUCCCCGAACUUGCUUUCACUACUUUUUUCCCCAGAUAUCUGCUAGUGGGACAAGACUUAGAUCAAUACUUUGAUGUUGAGAACCCAAAUAGGGGUGGGAUUGUGCAGUCUUGUAAUAUAAAACCACUAUUUGACCAUGCACAUUCUCUUGGUAUCGAUGUCUAUGUGGGGUAUGCGGAGAGAAGCAUCCAAGACGACGGCUCCCAUAUUGAUUACAACUCUUGUGCAUACUAUUCGGCGCAGGCAAACAGGAUUGUUGGAAAAUACCGGAAAGUGCAUCUUCCAGGCACCAAAGAGCCACAUACUUCUCAUGGUGCCUUUCAACAGCUGGAAAAGCGCUACUUCCAACCUGGUGAUCUUGGGUUUCCCGCUUUCAGGGCUCCUGGACUUGUGGUAGGAGCGUCAAAGAAGCCAGCCAAUGACAACAGUGGUUCCCCAUCUGUCACUGGGAAGGGGGAUCCCAUAAUUGGGAUGUUGAUAUGCAAUGAUAGAAGAUGGGCCGAAGCCUGGAGAGUCUAUGGCCUUCAGGGGAUGGAAAUCAUGUGCUGUGGAUACAAUACCACUGCAUUCCAAACUACCGCUACUGGCCAUAUGGUCGACAUGAGCCCAGAAGCUGCUGAGGAUCUGGUCAUGCUUCAUCAUAAGCUUUCAUGUCAAGGCAACAGUUACAUGAAUGCUUGCUUCAGCAUUAAUGUUGCGAAAACUGGCGCGGAAGAUGGAAACCCCUUGGUUGGGGGAACAAUAAUCGUGCAUCCUCUUGGUCAUAUCAUUAAAGAGGCACAGACCAAGGAAGAUGAGCUGGUUGUGGCUACCAUUGAUUUGUCAGACUGCGAUCGUCCAAAGAGUACAGUCUUUGCAUUCGAGAAGCAUCGGCGAACCGAGCAUUACGGUCCAAUUGUGGAGCGUACUGGGGUCAUUGAGCCAGAAUUGUUGGAAGAUCCUUAA